CUCAAGUGUGUGCCAGGGAGUCAUUCCAUUCUUGCAUUCACAAUGGGAUCAAAUAAAUGAAAUUCCCGAAUCCCCAUCCCUGUCUUGAAAAGUCACUGACUGCUGGAAAACAACAGAAAUUUAUCCUCUCCUGGAAAUGAAUCAGAAGGCAGACCACGGCUGGGUAGCCAGCAUAUGAUUCAGCAGAGCUCUGUAUAAGAAGUAGAAAGUUCAAAAACAACCCCAAAAGGACUCUGGAAGUAGGGGCUGGUUUUACCCUUUCUUGGGAUCAUUCUCGACACAUCUAUGAACUUCUGGCUGGGUGUAACAGCAGCACACCAGUGUGACAAGGCUGUGACUUCUAAAGAGCAGCCAACAGCAAGCUCUCAGCAAGUGCAGAGUGGACCUGAGAAUAUGCUGCCACAAGUAGCCCUUUGGCUGCUCCUGCCCUUGAUCCUGGUUCACGGACACUUCUAUGCUGAGCAACAGCAAACCCCUGCAGGUGUGAAAGGCCCGCUGCCCAACGCUGAGACCCGGAUCUUCAUCCCCUACACUGUACGGAGUAAAGGUAUAGCAGUAAGAGGAGAGCAAGGUGUCCCUGGCCCACCAGGCCCUGCUGGACCUCGAGGACACCCAGGUCCUUCUGGGCCACCAGGAAAACCAGGCUAUGGAAGCCCUGGACUACAAGGAGAGCCAGGAUUGCCAGGACCACCAGGACCAUCAGGCAUUGGGAAACCAGGUGUGCCAGGACAUCCAGGAAAGCCAGGGGAGAGAGGACCACAUGGACCAAAAGGUGAUGUUGGCCCAGCUGGUUUACCUGGACCACGGGGCCCACCAGGGCCACCUGGAAUCCCUGGCCCAGCUGGAAUUUCUGUGUCAGGAAAACCAGGCCAACAAGGACCAGCAGGUGCCCCAGGACCCAGGGGCUUUCCUGGUGAAAAGGGUAUAGCAGGAGCCCCCGGUGUGAAUGGACAAAAAGGAGAAGCAGGAUAUGGUAUUCCUGGCCGUCCUGGUGACAGGGGUCUCCCAGGCCCUCAGGGUCCCAUGGGACCACCUGGCCCUCCUGGGGUGGGAAAAACAGGUGAAAAUGGGUUUCCAGGACAGCCAGGCAUCAAAGGUGAUCGAGGUUUACCAGGAGAAAGGGGACCAGCGGGCCUUCCAGGUCCCCAGGGUCCUCCUGGUAGACAAGGGCCAGAAGGUGUUGGAAAGCCAGGAGCCCCUGGAGCCCCUGGCCAGCCUGGGAUUCCAGGAACAAAAGGCCAACCUGGGAUUCCAGGAAUGGCUGGACCCCCUGGGGCUCCUGGUUUUGGGAAACCAGGCUUGCCAGGUCUAAAGGGACAGAGAGGACCUGCUGGACUUCCAGGGAGUCCAGGUACCAAAGGGGAACAAGGGCCGGCAGGUCAUCCUGGGGAGCCAGGUCUCCCGGGAUCCCCUGGAAGUGUGGGACCCCAAGGACCAAAAGGUAUCGCAGGCAACCACGGCAUGCCAGGUCCUAAAGGGGAAACAGGGUCAGUGGGGCCUGCAGGCCAUCCUGGGGCUCGGGGAGCAAGGGGUCCUCCUGGGUCAGAUGGAAAACCAGGGUACCCAGGACAGCCAGGUCUCCAUGGGCCUAAGGGUAACCCAGGGUUACCAGGCCCAAAAGGGGACCCUGGAAUGGGAGGACCUCCUGGUCUCCCAGGCCCCAGAGGCCUCACAGGAAAUAAGGGACUGCCGGGACAAGAUGGUGAAUCUGGCCCAAGAGGUGUCCCUGGCAUACCAGGUACCAGGGGUCCCAUCGGGCCGCCAGGUAUUCCAGGAUUUCCUGGGUCUAAAGGUGAUCCUGGAAAUCCAGGUCCUCCCGGGCCAGCUGGCAUAGCAACUAAAGGCCUUAAUGGACCGACUGGACCACCAGGACUCCCAGGUCCAAGGGGUCACAAUGGAAAGCCUGGUCUCCCAGGGCCCCCCGGCCCUCCGGGACCCCCAGGCCAGGCAGUCAUGCCUGACGGCUUUGUCAAAUCAGGCCAAAGGCCGGGUCUUUCAGGGGUGCCUCUCAUCAGUGCCAACCAGGGAGUGUCAGGCAUUCCUGUGUCUGGUUUUACUGUCAUCCUUUCCAGGGCUUACCCAGCAGUAGGUGCUCCCAUCCCAUUUGACAAGAUUCUGUAUAACAGGCAAGAGCAUUAUGACCCACAAACUGGGAUCUUCACCUGCAGAGUCCCAGGGGUAUACUACUUUUCCUAUCAUGUGCAUGUGAAAGGCACACAUGUCUGGGUAGGCCUGUACAAGAAUGGCACCCCCAUAAUGUAUACCUACGAUGAGUACUCCAGGGGAUACCUGGACCAGGCUUCGGGGAGUGCCAUAGUAGACCUCACGGAGAGCGACCAGGUGUGGCUCCAGCUGCCCAACACUGAGUCCAGUGGCCUCUACUCCUCAGAGUAUGUCCACUCCUCCUUCUCAGGGUUCCUGGUGGCUCCCAUGUGAACAUUUUCCCACCAGCUAACCUAAAUCUCCUGUUUCAAAUGUCAUUUCCAAGCUCCACCCCACCCCACAAAAUGCAUAUGGAGGUGAGCUGAAAAUGUUUAAACAUCUCAUCAAAAAAGUUCUACUAAAGUUAAAACAAAAUCACAAAAAAAAACCCAGAAUUCGAAACUGUUAAAAUUUAAUUUCAGAAACUCAGCAUUUCCUUUUAAAGUAAGCCUUAUUCUAAUAAUUAGUAUGAGAAUCUUUAGGAAACACCGAGGAGGUAACACACAGCUUUGUAGAACUUAAAUACUUGAAUAUCUGCACUUAAGAAAACAUAUGUGCCCCAAGUUACUUGUAACGGUGCAUUAGUCUAUGGCCCAUACGGCUCCUUUUAUCAAGACUGAGUCAAACACACAGGUGCAUACGUACUCUUUGAAGCUCUCAGAAGGAACCAGAACACUGUUAAAAUUAAUCUGAAAUGCCUGGUGCUUUAAGUAAGGAUCUUUUCAAAUUUUUCUGUGAUUGCAGAAAAUCCUUCCAUAGACACAGCACAACUCAGAAAUAGGUGUCUGAUAUUUAUUUAAUACAAAUGUGAUUAAUUUGAUUUAACUCCUUACUGAAUCUUAUGCAACAUUCUAUGGGUUUAGGAACAUUAGCAUAUACACCUUAUGCUUCCCAUCCUAGUGAAAUUAUAACUGGUAUUAAGGAUUUCAAAAUAUGACUAUAAAUGAAAAGAUAUUUAUUUAUGCUCUGUACUGUAUUUGUAUGUUACUGUUUAAAACUUUUAAACUGUGCCUCACUUAUUAAAGCAUGAAAUGUUUAAUCUACUCCUUAUUUACAAAGCAAUAAAAUAACAUCAACAGAUUUUUAUACUGAAUUUACUUGACAGCUGUAAUCUGCUGUUCUCAAUCACACAUGUAGGGCAUUUCAUUUUUGGGAGUUAAGGAGGACAAAACCAUAACGUAG